CUUUCGUGCGAGGGCAUUCGAACUAUAAGGUAGGCAUUCGCUGACGACGACGCAUUGGCCGUUUUCAGAGGCACCUAUCUUCUACAAAGUUUGGGCAUUCUCUAUUGCACGAAACGCACUAGUAUCUUGCGUUCUCGUUCACGCAAUUGUCAUCGUUAUCAUAAUUCAGAGCAUCAUUAUCGACACAACAAUGGGUUCGACAACAACUGCUACCACCACUACUACUCUCAGUCUACCGUCAUUCGAUUCCUGUAUCGUAACGGAUGCACCGGAACAACACACCUUCGAGGAUGGGCUCCAGGUUCCCUUUGUUCUGUCGCCGUCACUCCGGAAGGACAAUGGCGAUGCCACCGUCCGAAUCGAAACACCGGAAGAYGCCGCACGCUUUGUUCGGAACCACCGCACCGCCAUCGACCAAAUGCUAGAGGAACGCGGAGCUGUGUUGUUUCGCGGAUUCCCACUKGAGACGCCGGACGACUUCAACGCGUUUGUCGAAGCCUUCGACGGGUACACCGACCUGUCCUACGAGAAGAGCAUGUCCUUCGCCGUCCGGACCAAGCUGGCGCACCGGAUCUGUACCACCAACGAGGGCAAGUCGGGCGGUCUGGUCUUUCACCACGAACAGGCCCAGACGCCCCUUUGGCCCAGCCACGUCUUUUUUUGCUGCCAGCUGCCCGCCCGGCCGGGGGACGGGGGGGAAACGGGGAUCGUCUCGAGCCCCCUGGUGUACGACGAGCUGCGAAGGAGGCACCCCGGCUUUUGCAGCAAGCUCGAGGCCGAAGGGGUCCGCUACACCGUGUUUGCGGGUCCCAGGCAGGACCCGAGCAAGGGGGCGGGGAGGUCCUGGAAGUCCUUCUUUCACGCGAGCACCAGGGAGGAAUGCGAGAGGAAAAUGGGUCUCGGCGGGUGGACCUGGGAAUGGGGGGUCGGCCCUUCGAACGCGAGCGCUUCCGUCGGAAGCGACUUUCUGAAGUGCACCACCCCCGUCCUGGAGGCCGUGAAGAAGGUGGGGAACAGCGGCCGGAAAUGCUUUUUCAACCAGCUGAUUGCCACCACCGCCAACGCGCUGGAGUUCGGCAGGAAAGGCGGCGGGGACCAGACCCACCGGAACGGAUACGAUCCACUGGUCGACGUCCCCACCCAGGAGGGGAUCGACGAGUGCGUCCGCUUCGGGAACGGCGAUCCCGUCUCGCUGGAGGUUUUGCUCGAGGCCAAGGAAAUCUGCGAGGAGCUCGCGAUCGACGUCCGCUGGCAAAAAGGCGACGUCGUCCUCCUGAGCAACUACCUGAUGAUGCACGCGCGGCGUCCGUGGAAGGGCCCCGAGGGAACCCGCAAGCUUCUGGCCUCCCUGGUCCAGGAAGAGCACUGCACCAGCUUUGGGCGUCCGCUGGUGGCGUGAUCCAGCGUCGAAAGAAGGUGUGGUAUUCGAAGGCAAUCCCGCUAAACGUACAAUACGAUAGUUCGACGUUCACUUCAACCGAUUGU